CGACGUUGGACCAUAGGACAAACGGAAACAAAGUUUCGUUGGGCCACCGAGAGACCGACGUUGGACCACAGGAUAAACGCAAUCGAUGGCUCUGUUCCGUCUUACCGUUUGCGGUGGUGUUCUCCGGCUUUGCAAGGGGCGGCGAACCAGUGGCCGGCUGGCUGGGGCGACUAGGGCGGGAGGAAGAAAGAGAACAGGAGUGGGUCGUCGUCGAGCUUCUUCUCCGGCAACAAGUGCGGUGCGGCGAACGGUAAUGUGCCUUCUCCGGCGACGCAGUGGCAAAGGUGAUGGCAGCUGUCGGGAAGGCUGUGGCGGGAGGAACAGAGACGUGGCCAGAAGAGGUGGUUGGGGGGCUUGUGAGAAACAGAGGCCGGCGGGAGAAACAGAGGCCGGCGGGGAACAAAUGGCCGGCGAGCUGGGACGACUAGAGCGGGAGGAAGAAAGAGUGCAGAGUGGCGUGGUCGUCGAUCGUUUUCUCCGGCAACAAGUGCGGUGAAGCGAACGGGAAUGGGCCUUCUCUGGCUCUCCGUCUUCUCCGACAAUGCAAACCCACUGGCGAGAUGCGUGUGUAGAGAGGCGGAGGUCGACGAGGUUGGAGCUUGGGGAGUUUCUCGAGAAUGCAGGUGAGAGAGAAGAGUGAGAGAGAAGGGUGAGAGGAAGUUUGUCGGAUUUAGCCAGUUUGUCGCCAAUGCAGCUUAUGCAGAGCCGCAGGGGUGAUGUAGGAGAGAGGAAGUUGGAUUUGUAUCUUGGAGAGUGCAGUGAGAGGGAAGAUAGAUAUGUUUGGACUUUAGUAUAUAAUUUGAAAUUGAUAAUUGGGCAAAUUAGUAAAUUAAUUUAACAUAGGACGAUUGAAAGUAAUUUUAAGGACGACAUUUAGCAAUUCCCUUGCUAAUCGAGUAUGACAAUAACGGUGCUGUAUUUAUGGAUUUGGCGGUGCCGCAUGAUUGUUAUAGUUUGAAUAUCACUGCAGCCGAAUUUUAAACAACCUUGCAGAAGAAUGGACAAAUUAAACGGUUGUGUAUGGCCAACAUAGUGGCCCCGUUGGACAUUCGGAUUGGAGAACAAGAAUGAUGGCGUUUGGUUACUCGACGUUGUAGAGUAAAAAAUAAUAAUAAAAUGAAAUUCAAGCCGCUGAGCAGCAGCGUUGCAGGAAAGGAAUAAACAUGACUGCGAGGUAUCCAACAGCGUUGCGAGACUGCUGUACACCUUUGCGGAUAGGAUCGCUUUCAAGUACUGAGACAACAGGUCACUGGUUUGAAAAAAAUACAGCCGAAGCCGCAUAACAAAAUAUAUAUAUAUAUUAUAAGCGGCUAGAAGUUGCGAAAACAACUUUGUUUGCUCCUUGGAAAAGAAUAACAGUGUUGCUGGAGUGCGAGUCUGUUUGGAAGUUGGCAAAGCUUGACCCACAAUAUUGUGCAGAUCAAGUAAGGAACUAAUUUUUGGUGGAAUUGGUGUUUAGGUAGCCAAAUAGGGCCAGGUGAUUUCUCUCGCCACUUUGGUGGAUUUGAGGCCAAGUUAAGAAAAUUAUUUUAGGUGA